AUGGCGUCCAACAUUCGAGCAAGAGACGACCCUCUCGAAGCUGAACUACCCUACGUCUCUGGCGAGCAGAUCGAGGAAGACGAAGAGGAGGAAGAGGAAGAUAUUCCCGUCGGUGCAUACGAAGAUGAGAUCUACGAAUCAGAAUCACCCUCGGAAUCAGGCACAGAGUCGCUCACCUGGAUCUCAUGGUUCUGCUCCCUUCCCGGUCACGAGUACUUUGCCGAAGUAGGCGAAGACUUCAUCGAGGACGAUUUCAACCUCACGGGUCUCAACGCCCUCGUUCCGUUCUACAAGGAAGCACUCGAGAUGAUCCUCGACGUAGAACCACCCGAAGAAGACUCUCUCAAAAUUCCCGAUGUCUCCAUCGUAGAGUCUUCCGCCGAACUUCUCUAUGGGUUGAUUCAUCAGCGGUACAUUUUGACGCGGCACGGGAUGCAGCAGAUGGUGGACAAGUACGAAGCCGGUCAUUUCGGGUAUUGUCCGAGGGUGUUUUGUCAUUCCCACCCGGUGUUGCCGUGUGGGAGGAGCGAUCUGCCUGGGUUGGAUACGGUCAAGUUGUUCUGCCCGAAUUGCGUGGAUAACUACAGUCCUCCGAGCAGCAGGUUUCACGGUGUCGACGGGGCGUUUUUUGGUACGACUUUCCCGCAUCUACUGUACCAGUGUUAUCGGGAUCUGUUCCCGAGUGUCGUUGCACCGAAGGGUGAAGCAGGAAGCUCAGCGGGUGGGGUGGAUGGGGAAGAACACGUGGACAGCUCACAACAGCACGAUAAGCCGGUACACAGAACGAUCCAACCCGAACAGCUCGGAAAGAGGAUCCCGUACACCAGGACGUACACUCCCAAGAUCUACGGAUUCAAGGUUUCAGAAUACGCAAAAACAGGUCCCAGGAUGAAGUGGAUGCGCUUGAGACCUACAAGCUUGGACCAGCUUGAUAGGGUCUAA